UUUAAUCAAUUUAGAACAAAUGCAAACCACAUUCACUGUUUAUUCUGUGUCUCGCUAAUGGCACGUUCAUGCAUGUUGCAUGCCACGGUGCACUGUGUCUUUAUCAUUUGUAAAUCAUAAUAGCGGUGGUGGGUGGCCAGUAUUUGGAUAUUUUCUUCACCUAUGUAUUUGCCUAUGGCAUCUACUUAUUUGCCUGUUAUGUAGUUAUAAAACAGCACUGUAAAUAGUUCCUAAGUCCAUUUUGCAUCGGUACUGCCAAUAUGUCGAACUCCUCAGUUUGUUGUGUUUUUGAGUCCCCUAUUUUAAUCAAAGUCCUACCCCCUAUUCUUUUCAUGGAGUUCAUUUUUGGCCUCACAGGGAACAUUGUGGCCCUUUGCAUGUUUUUCUUCCAAGUGGACAGCUGGAAGCCAAACUCCAUCUACCUGGCACACCUGGCUGUGGCUGACUCAAUGGUGCUCUUCUUCAUGCCAUUCAGAGCCGACUACUACAUCAGGGGCCAGAACUGGAUCUUCGGAGAUGCCUUCUGUCGCAUCCUGCUCUUCGCUGUGGCAGCCAACAGGGCUGCCAGCAUUUUCUUCCUCACAGCCGUGGCUGUGGACCGCUACCUGAAGAUUGUGCACCCGCUACACCGUCUCAAUCGAAUGAACCUGAGGUACGCCAUGUGGGUCUCUGCAGGCCUGUGGGCAAUAGUUUUACUUAUGACAACUCAGUUGCUGGGCUUGCCACACUUUUUCAGUCUCGGCAACCACACCCAGUGUGAGAGUUUCAACAUAUGCUUUGACAACAGUCUAUCGUCAAUCUGGCACAACACUUUCUAUUUGAUUCAGUUCUUUGUGCCAGGUGGCAUCAUCAUCUUCUGCACAGCCUGCAUUACAUGGCAGCUAAAAACCAAGACAAUGGACAACACAGGCAAGAUCAAGAGAGCUGUCCAUUUCAUUUUCGUCGUCACCAUGGUCUUCCUCAUCAGCUUCUUCCCAAGCACUGCCUCACGGGUCGCUAUUUCGGUCCUGAAGGCCUGGUACCAUGAGUGUUCACACUUCAAAGAGGCAAAUCUCGUAUUUUAUUUUUCUCUCUGCUUCACCUAUUUCAAUAGUACGCUAAAUCCUCUGGUUUACUACUUUUCCACUCCUGCAUUCAGUGGUAUCUUACAGAAAUUUUUCAAAAGACUUACAGGGCAAAAAGAAGAGGUGGCUUCAUGAACAGCAGUGUGGCUACAGUAACAAAAAUUUAAAGCAAAAAAAAAAACCCAUUAAAAAACAAUGCUGUUAUUACAUACUAAUAGAA